UGCACGAUACUACAUAUAGUGUUCCAAAGCAGCAAACGAUUCUCCUAAUGUCUUUCACAGUAGUACGGCUCAAUAAAAUAGGUUUUCCUUAAGAAAGUGCUACGAACGAUUACUCCAACUACUUCUAUUACACUGUGCAACUGCUCGUCACAGAUGUACCGCAUGAUUCUCAGUAUAUAAUCUAUACAGAUUGACUCUGAAGCUUUCCAGCCGCGGCCCGGCAGAGAUUGUCCCUUUCUCAGAUUGGAGCCAUGAACAGCUAUAAACAACGAAGGCCGGUGUGAUAACCUGAUCUGUUUUCGUUUUUACAACAGAACACGCAUGCUAACGCAGCUGAGUUUUCGAGCGUGAACAUUAGUUUUAAAUAUAAAAGCAGUGACAUCCACUCGAUUUCAUUCAUACUUACUGUGAAUCGGUCGAUGCGUCUUUGCCUGUGUAGGUCUGUGUUCUAGAAAAGGGUGGCCCAGUGCAUCUGAAUACCCGAAUUGAAACAACCUCAUUGACGACAAAUGAAACACUUAAUCAAUUUGUCAAGUACUCGACAGACGGUUAUUCAGGUGUGAGAGUGUCAUCAUAGCUCCACCUCCUUUGGACGUCAACGGUCGAUACCCGGAGGUAUUAUGGUUAUGGACUUUUAGAAAAUCGUCUUCGCUGCCUCAAGCAGUGCCCAUCGAGACAACCAGACUCGCACGACUGCUGGUUUGAGAUCGCCCUAUGUGUUUCAGUCGUUCACCGUUAGGUGGUGGUUAAGUUGCAGCUAGCCGCCCUUAUUGUCGAACAGUUUGAAGAGAACACUCGAUUCGACUCAACGUUGACGAGAGGGAGAGUGGCACGAACUAACAAACGAGUGAUUUCGUGAAUUCGAACGCUUUAAUAUAUUGAAUCACUGUGUAUCGCUGUCAGAUCGGUUAUAGCAAAAAUGCGUCUUAUUAUAGUGAACAGCGAAGUAGAUGUCUGUGACUUUGCAGCGAAACACAUACGUAAGCGGAUCUAUGAGUUCAAGCCAACGAGAGCCAGGCCAUUUGUGUUAGGCCUUCCGACGGGCGGCACUCCAAUCAGAAUGUACAGAAUAUUGACAGAGUUUCAGCGUCAAGGGGCUAUAUCUUUCCGUGAUGUCGUUACGUUUAACAUGGACGAGUAUGUAGGCCUUCCUAUUGAACACCCCGAAAGUUACCACUCGUACAUGUGGCAGAACUUCUUCAAGCAUGUCGACAUCGAACCAGAGAACGUCAACAUCCUAGAUGGGAAUGCUGUCAGUCUAGAAGCGGAGUGCAAACGUUACGAAGACAAAAUUAAGUCGUAUGGUGGCGUUAAUCUAUUCAUCGGAGGUAUCGGUCCUGACGGACAUAUAGCCUUCAAUGAGCCAGGGUCCAGUCUCACGUCUCGUACGCGGGUAAAGACGCUCAACAAGGACACGUUGCGGGCAAAUGCAAGAUUCUUUGACAACGACAUCACAAAAGUCCCGAGACAGGCUCUAACAGUUGGCGUGCAAACUAUAAUGGAUGCUAAGGAAGUCCUCAUUAUGGUAAGCGGCAUCCACAAGGCGUUGGCUCUCCGGCAAGCGAUUGAAGAGGGUAUCAAUCAUAUGUGCACGGCGUCCGCUCUUCAAAUGCAUCCAAGAGCUAUAUUCGUUUGCGAUGAAGACGCAACAAUGGAACUGCGCAUGAAAACUGUCAAGUACUAUAAGGAUCUCGUGGAUUCACAUAACAAUCUCCUAAACUGAGACGAAGGCCGAAGGUAUCUUUACUAUUUACGAUACAAUCAGAUGAAUGUAUCAGUUCGACUUAAAACAACACAAAAAUACAUAGUGAAUUAUACUUUCGACGUGUUUCAGCCUAACCGGCUGGCAGGGAAUAAAUUACAAUCGCCAGCAAAGAAGGUUAUUAUAUACAUUUUCCAACUUAUUUUAUCAAUAAAAUCUGGCCUGCUUAGCAUUGAACUUUC